AUUGACUUAAUCUCUUUUCUAUCUCUCUUACCUGCUAAUAUUCAUCAGAUGAUCAAUUCAACAAGAGCUUCGGUUAAGAAGGCACCAAAGGUAACUAAAAAGAACAGCCUAAGGGUAAGUACAAAGCUUAGCAAUGUCUUGCAAACAGAAGUAGUCAAAAUUAUCCAAGGGUGUCUUACUCCGUUUGAGACACAAAUCUCUGACCUUAAAUCUGAGCUGGCUUGCUUGCGAAACAAGCUUGAGGAUGCCUUAAAUCUUACCAAAAUCCCGCCUAAACAAUAUGAAAAUAACGAAUACAACUCUAUCAAGCCUGGCAAGAAGGCCAAGGCUCCCUGAAAUAACUUACAAAAGUUCAGAGCAAGAAGCUAUGCCAAGAAGAUCAGCUCUGCUUCAAAAAACCUUCAUAUUUGUGACGAAGACAGUGUCACAAGUUUCAGGAAACAGAGGUUCAAUCCCAGUGAGAGAGGCCCUAGUCUCAAUACCUCAGGCAUGAAGACUUAUAAGCCUAAGAGAAGAGCCUCAAAAGCGCUGCUUGACUUUAAAAGUGCAGAUAAAGAAACCAGGCGGACCCAAAUGUCGUAUAAAGCAAUUCCAAUAAUGCAAACACAAAGUAAGCUGAAACUUGAAGAAAAGAAAAGAACCAUGCAUGAGAAGACUCUCUUAGUCUUUCCAGAGUCACCUAUGAAGCCUUUUUCGGCCAAGAAGCCUUCCACAACCAAGGGGAUAAAGGACCUCAAGAGGAGUAUGUCCGAGACUCAGUGGGAGCACAAGAGGUUCCUCAAAAAUCGGGAAGAGACCAAUCUUGAAGCCAUUUUCACAGCUACCCUGUCUGACUCCAGAGACGAGGAGACUUGUCAUUGUGAUGAAAGUGUCACCAGUUCUCAGCUGACAUCUUGUAGCAAAUAUUGUAAGUUUCUGUCACCAGAUCAGCAGCUGGAAAUCAUCACCACCGAGACUGCUUCUCCUGCGAACUCACUUGAGCUAGAGUACGCUAUAAAUUCUGACUGGUGGAGAACCUGGUGAGAUUAUGUAAACGUUGAGUUCCUCCAGAUCUCCAAUUCGUUGAAGUUUAGCCUUAAAAAGCCGUUGUGAGCCAAGAAAGUUCUCCAAAAUCAGUUCCAGCAAACUCCAAGUGACGAAGAAGAUAUCGGUGAUAAACCGAAUCAUAUUGACUUGGAUGGGCUACGCUCAUCAGUCUCUUCGCACGACCAAGGUAUCCUUAACUCGUACAACUCUAUCACCAAGGAUCGUCCCAAAGAGCCUUUAUUAUACCCAGAAGAUCUCUACCAAAGACCAGGGAUGAUAUGAAACAAGCCAAUUUGUGACAAAAGGAUUGACGGGAACAUCAGGUUGCUCGAGAAUCUUCAAGAAGUACAUGAUUACGUCAGAGUGAGCCAGAAAGCAUGGAGCUACCUCAAAGCUUGGUACGGGUACGACCAUGAACUGUGGAUAUAAU